GGUCGAGUACAAUGAAAAGAAGAUUUUUGAGGUGAAGCUCAAGGAAAUGAAAUCUGCUGUGACGACUCAGAUAGCAGAAGAAGCUAAUAUUUCUGAAGUUAUAGAAACUGUCAAGCAACACGUCAAAGAUGCUAAACUGCCAGAUAUAGAAGUUGUGAGAAUUCUGUGGGAUGUCUUGAUGGAUGCUGUGCAGUGGUCUGGGAAGAAUCAACAGCAAAAUGCUAAUUCGGCCCUUCGCCAGGUGAAAACAUGGGCGCAACUGUUGAAUACAUUCUGCACAACAGGAAAGCUUGAAUUGGAGCUUAUAUACAAAGUCCAAGUUCAGUGCUAUGAGGAUGCUAAACUGAUGAAGUUGUUCCCAGAAAUUAUAAGGUCCCUCUAUGACCAAGAUGUGCUAGCAGAAGACACCAUUCUUCAUUGGUUCCGCAAGGGAACUAACGCCAAGGGCAGGCAAGCUCUUGUCAAGGCGCUGGAUCCCUUUGUUAAAUGGCUGGAGGAGGCAGAGGAAGAGGAAUGAUUUCUUCUGAUGCUGCGUGUCAGUUGAGAUGAUCUUUCCAGUUUUUCUUUUUAUUUUUCUGGAGAACUUAUUCCUCCUAAAUAUUUAAAAUAAUGGAUUCCAAAUUUUCACACGAAUUUACAUCUGUUUCCUUCAUGUUGUUAACUAAUUUGUUAUGACUUUUCUCAUUUGGAUCUUAAUUUCUUUAUUCUCA